AUUUUCAUUCGACGGAUUACCGCAUUAUACACUCGCCUCAACAAUCUUAAUUCUUACAUAAAAAUAACCAUCCCGAAUUGAUCCCAGGACUCCAUGGCGACAUCGAUGGACACUGAUGCUCUCGACAUUUCUCAGUUCAGUCACACUCCUUAUUACUGCGAGGAGAAUGUGUACCACCUCUGCAAGAAACUAUGGACUCGUGGCACAGAAGGACAGGGAUCUGACCUCUUUGUUGUUUUCAUUUCCAAUGAGAAGAAGCAGAUUCCUUUGUGGAAUCAGAAGGCUAGCCAGAGAGCUGAAGGUCUUACUUUAUGGGAUUAUCAUGUCAUCUGCGUUGAGAAGAAAGAAGGCGACUCCCCUCUUCUAGUCUGGGAUUUGGAUUCAACUCUUCAGUUUCCUUGUCCCCUAGCAUCCUAUGUAUCAGAAGCUAUCAAACCAUCUAUACAACUAUUCUCCGAGUUUCAGAGAUUUUUCAGAAUCGUGCAUGCUCCGAUAUUUCUCCGCAGCUUUGCAUCCGAUAGAAGGCACAUGAAAGAUUCUGAAGGAAACUGGAUGUAUGAGCCACCUGAACAUGAUCCCAUCGUUGCUGAAGAUGGAACGGUCCACAACCUGAACGAGUACAUGACAAUGUCUGCAGCUGACACCGUGAAAGCAAUAGAGCCCCAGCUAGUGAAUGCAGUUCGUUCCCAGAAACUGGGUGUUCUAAUUGGCGAAACUCAGUUGGAGGAAUUCUUCUCUCUUUUGUCCUGAUGACUCGUGCAGUUCUGUAUAGAAUGUUAACUUGUCAUCUAUGUUAGUUUGUUAAGGUAUCAGAACGGAAGAGAACGAGGGGGUAUAUCUUUUAACCUUUUUUUUAAAUAAUAAAAAAUGCGAUCUCCAGUAAAUGUUUGAUGGGUUGGAUUUCACCCAUCGGGUGUGAGAUUGCUUGACUGCUUGUGACAUUUUCUCUCUGAGAUUUGGUGGCUUCUCUCCA